AUGGAGCGGUUCCGCUGGCAGGGGGCUUGCAAGGGCGGAAAGGCACCGCUGAAGAAGCGCCGCUUGUCCCCUGUGCCAGGGGUUUUCGGUAGCCGGGCCGGCAACUCCCAGCCGUGCCGCCGGCGGCUCUUCGGGAGCGUGGGCCCCAGCAGCAGAGCCGAGCCCCAGUGCCUGAAGAGAAAGCCCAAUGUGAAAACCCUACCAAAAAUUAAGGAAAAUAGUGAAACCACCCAAGAGAGGCAGUCAUGCAACCAAAGCAAUCAAGUGGAUGUCCAAGAAGAAACAGAUGUGGAAAUAAAAGAAUAUAAAAUAGAAGAAAGCUCUGUACAGAUAAAGAGAUCCGUGCUAAUCAACUAUGAAAGUAAAGAAAGCUUGAAAAGUACUGACGUGACUUCAAGUACAGGAAUGACUCUUCCCACAGGUGUUUCCACCUUUCUCCUAGAGUGUUUAGAUAUAGACUCAACUGAAGAGUAUAACACAGGUGCUAGUAGUGGCCUGAGCAGUUUCCCAUCCCCUGAAACAUUCAGAGGUGAUGGUUCAGAAAGAAGUCAUUUUUACCCUGUGGACUCUGGCAAGUACAAGAACUCCACUCUGCUGGACUCCAGCAAAGCCAUGGCCAUAGAUAAGAUACCCCACAUCUCAAAUCUUUCAACAAUAUUAGAACCCGUAGAGAAGGAUUUUCUAGACCAAUACAGCAGAAGAAAGAGACUUUCACAUUGCAUUUAUACUUCAUCGUUAAGUGUUUCAACUACUGUGACAGGAAAAAAAGUCUGUAAAAUUACAGCUGCAAGAGAGAAAACUCCAAACCUAAAAACUGCUAUGCGCUCUUCCUCACCGUUAGGACCGGAAAGAAAGCUUGACAAUCAAACUGCUGAACUUAAAAGGCAGAUAUCUAAGCCUUCGUGUGGCAGAGAAGAAAUCUGCUCCAUUGUCAGAAUGUCACCACCCCAGAAGCUAUCCAGGCUUCACCAAAUUCCAGCUGACACAAAAGCAUUCAGCUUUCCCAAAAGGCUGCCUGAAGGUAGUGGGUUCACUCUGCACAUCUAA